AUGAACGCGGAGCGAUCGUCGCUGUGCAACUUCGUUGUGAACUUCCUGAUGGAGGAGAACUACCUCUUGACGGCGUUUGAGCUUCUCCACGAGCUCCUCGACGAUGGCCGCGAUGCCCAAACGAUUCGUCUUAAGGAGUUCUUCUCCGAUCCUUCACGUUUCCCUCCCGAUCAGAUUUCUCGGUAUAAUUCAAUUCGAGUUGCGGAUCCACAAAGUUUGUUGGAGGAGAAAGAAGCGUUAUCAGAGAAGUUAGCUAUCAGUGAAUAUGAAUUUCGUCUAGCUCAGGAGGAUAUUGCAAGAUUGAAAGCUGAAGGACAGAAGAAGUCUGAUUGUUCGAUUGAACAGUUGAAAGAGUUGGACUCAGAUGACUUUGGAGACAACAGGCCAGAAAUUCAACGGAAAAAGAAAGAUUUCUCCUUCACUGAUAUAGGGCCUUUGAAGAACAAUGAACGUCGAGACUUAAACUGUGCAGUGAAAGAGUAUCUUCUUCUAGCAGGUUACAGACUUACAGCAAUGACAUUUUAUGAGGAGGUCACAGACCAGAACUUGGACGUUUGGCAGGACAGUCCAGCACGCGUGCCUGAUGCCUUGCGCUAUUAUUACUAUCAGUACCUUUCAUCAACUUCAGAGGCAGCUGAGGAGAAAAUAGCCAUGCUUCAGGAGAACGAAUCAUUGAAAAAGGAGAUUGAAAGGCUAAGCAAAGAAAAGGAUGGACUACUUAAGAACAAAGAAAACUUCGAAGAGCAAAUCAGUACUUUUAACAAGUCUACGGAAUCACUUCAGAAGGAUCUUAGGGACAGAGAAAAGCAGGUGCAAAGCUUGAAGCAAUCCUCAGAGCAUCAGAGGAGGAACCUCAAUGACUGUAGAGCUGAGAUCACUUCUCUUAAAAUGCAUAUCGAAGGGUCUCGUGCUGGUCAAUAUGUGUCAGCUAAUGAAGGUGAUCUUGUACAAUCCCAAUCCGUGGAAAAUGUAACAGAAAAGAUAAGCUCUCUGCCGGAGGAAGUUGAGAAACAAACGGUGGAAAGGAAUGGUGGCUUGAUAUCUGAACUUUCUAUAUCUGCUGAGGAAGGGCGCAUACAAACAGAAGACAAGACGGUGGAGGAAGAAGUUAAAAAUAUAAUUGCUGAUCAAAACGAGGUGGCAGCAGAGGCCAGCACUGUAUCUUAUAAAACCUUGAAUAAUACUUUGGAGAACCAGAAAGAAGUCUCAAACUAUUUGUUAAAUCCAUCAAACGGUAACUUUUCACCCAAAGACCUUGAGAGCAUCUUGAAAGUCGAUCCUGGAAUAGGUCGUGUCUCUAAUUCAAAAUCGGAAACUCCAAAUGGUGAAGCUGCUUCUGAGGAAAUGGGUUUAGGAACAAUUCAGAUACUUGCAGACGCUUUGCCGAAGAUUGUUCCAUAUGUUCUGAUAAACCAUCGAGAGGAACUUCUUCCCCUGAUGAUGUGUGCAAUUGAGCGGCAUCCAGAUGGCAGUAUAAGAGACUCCUUGACCCAUACAUUGUUCAACCUGAUCAAACGCCCAGAUGAACAGCAGAGGCGGAUUAUCAUGGACGCAUGUGUUAGCCUAUCAAGGAAUGUUGGGGAAAUGAGAACAGAAACUGAAUUGCUUCCACAGUGCUGGGAACAGAUAAGUCACACAUAUGAAGAACGCAGACUGCUAGUUGCUCAAUCAUGCGGGGAACUUGCAGAGUAUGUCCGCCCUGAGAUACGUGACUCACUUAUUUUGUCUAUCGUACAACAACUUUUAGAAGAUUCUGCGACCGUUGUUCGAGAGGCUGCCGCUCAUAAUCUUGCAUUGUUGCUUCCACUAUUUCCGAACACGGACAAAUAUUUCAAGGUUGAGGAGAUGAUGUUUCAGUUGAUGUGCGAUCCAUCUGGCCUGGUGGUUGAAACCACAUUGACAGAAUUACUUCCUGCGUUGAUAAAGUGGGGUAACAGGCUGGAUCAUAUCUUGAGGGUUCUUCUCUCUCACACAUUGAGCUCUGCUCAGCACUGCCCACCCGUUUCUGGAGUUGAAGGGUCAUUGGAGUCUCAUCUACGAGUCUUAGGUGAACGGGAGCGAUGGAACAUUGAUGUUCUACUAAGAAUGCUUAUGGAGUUGCUUCCAGCUGUACACCAGAAGGCAAUGGCAACAUGUCCUUUUUCUUCUAUCUCAAAGUCAGAGGAAUCUACAUUCUCUGUUUCCUUGCUUGAGACCUAUGCUGAGGGACGUUCUGAGUGGCCUAUGUUUGAAUGGAUGCAUGUUGAUUGCUUCGCUAACUUGUUACAAUUGGCAUGCAUGUUACCCCAGAAGGAAGACCAUUUGAGAAAUCGGAUAACGAAGUUUCUCUUGUCUGUAUCUGAACGUUUUGGAAGUUUCUACCUAACUCACAUUGAGUUACCUGUAUUCUUGGUGGCCGUUGGAGAUGAUGAGGCUGAUCUUCGGUAUUUACCUUCUGCAAUCCAUCCAAGGAUAAAAGGCCUGAAACCAAGAACUGCUGUAGCCAGUAGGCUUGCCACUCUUUGUAUUCUACCUCUUCUUUUGGCAGGAGUACUUGGUGCACCAAGUAAACGCGAAGAGCUAACAAACUUCUUACGACAACUCUUAGUCGAGAGCAAAACAAAAGAAAACCAGUCAUCGAAGCACAAUAACGAGAUUUUGGAUGCAGUCCGCUUCCUUUGCACAUUUGAAGAACACCAUAACAUGAUAUUCGGCAUUUUGUGGGAAAUGAUCGUUGAUUCCACUGCAGAACUCAAAAUCAACGCUGCUAAGUUGUUGAAGACCAUCGUUCCAUACAUCGACGCAAAAGUUGCCUCAGCCAAUGUUUUACCAGCCUUGAUCACUCUUGGCUCGGACCAGAACCUGAAUGUGAAGUACGCAAGUAUAGAUGCAUUUGGAUCUGUAGCACAGCAUUUCAAAGUCGACAUGAUUGUUGAUAAAAUCCUAGUCCAGAUGGAUGCUUUUCUCGAAGAUGGUUCUCAUGAAGCUAUAAUCGCAGUCAUUCGGGCACUCAUAGUUGCCAUUCCACACACAACGGAACGGCUAAGAGACUAUCUUUUGUCCCAGAUUUUCCAACUUUCAGCAAACCCAAGCUCGUCAACAGACGUAAACCGUCGCCGGGAAAGAGCUAACGCUUACUGUGAAGCCAUUCGUGCACUCGAUGCAACCGAUCUGUCUCAAACAAGUGUCAAAGAAUACCUCCUUCCAACGAUUCAAAACUUAUUGAAAGAUCCAGACGCGCUCGAUCCUGCUCACAAGGAAGCUUUAGAGAUCAUACUGAAGGAGAGAUCAGGUGGGGCAUUUGAAGCAAUCAGCAAAGCCAUGGGUGCUCACUUGGGGAUUGCAUCAUCUGUUACAAGCUUGUUUGGAGAAGGUGGCUUGUUGGGGAAGAAAGAAGCAACCGAAACCACUGUGGCUUCACCUUCAUCACCUACAAUUCAGGGACCUGAGUCACCAAAGGCAGUGGCUGCUGCGACUGAAGACACAAGAUUCAGACGUAUCAUGAGAGGCAACUUCACUGAGAUGCUAAGGAGUAAAGCCAAGAACCCAGAUGAGACACAGCCGCAAAAUCACUAA